UAUAUAUUAUUUGUUGAAGAAAAAAGAAAAUCAAAAAGGAAUUUGUUUUUUAUUUCGGUUAAGCGCUUACCGGUGACAAGGCCUCGAACCGGUCCUCCAAUUUUCAAAGCCCAAAUACGCACACACACUGUUUGAAAAUACCACCGCCACCUCCGCCGCACACCGCCGACAUGUCUUCACAACCCACAACCUCCCCUCCCCUGGCAGCCGCGGCAGCGGCUAUGGAGGCUGAAGAUGAUGAUGAUGAUGACGACGACGAUGAGGACUCCGGAGCGUGGGGUGGUCGGCUGGGACGGAAAAGGAAGGGACCGGUGGAAGAGGAGGGAAAAAUGGUGGGAGACGGCUACUGGAGGUUGGCAGAGGCAAUUACGAGGUUAGCAAAGAUAUAUGAGAAAGUUGAGGAGGCAAAGCAGCGGCAGAUGGUGGAGUUGGAGAAACAAAGAAUGCAAUUUGCGAAGGAUUUGGAGAUUCAGAGAAUGAAGGUUUUCAUGGAAUCACAGGUCCAGCUUGAGAAGCUAAAACGCGUUAAGCGGAAUUCGGAAAAUGACAGUUACUUGUAGACGCGGCCGCAAGAUUUGGCAAGUGAUCGGCUAAUGAUUCUUGAAAAUAGCAGUAGAUCUCAGUUAGCUCUGCAUAUACGUACAGGUGUGCCUAAUUUAGAUGUUACAAUAGAUACUCAGCGUGAAGCUUCGUUCGUCUAGUUCUGUUCUGGGGUGGAGUAUAUUGUGAAGUGCUUCUGUGUUUUUAGCUUAAUGAGGCGACACAUUACUCAGUACAAGUUAUUAAUUCUCUCUUAGAUGCUACUCCUUUUCAUUCUUAAAUCCGUCUCCUUACUCUGCCGGACCUUGGUAAACAGUAUAGAAAUGUCACUAAAAAUAGAAUUUGAUGUUUGUUAAUUUA